CGAGUUCCUGAAAAUAAAAAUUUGCUUGACAGAUAAAUAAUAAAAUAUGCUUGCGAAUACAAUCAAGAAAAUAUGGCGUACGUUGGUCGAAGUAUACAACGAAUUCUCGAUCGAAUCUACAAUACACGGAAUGAAACAUACGACUCGUGCUAAAUCAAUUAGUAUAAGGAUAUUAUGGAUCAUCAUUAUAACACUUUCUUUCUUGACUGCUGCAAAAUUAGCAAUGUUGUUCUACAAUCGACAUCAAUUAGCAAACAUGAGUACUCUGAUAAUCAGCUCUCAAUUUCCAACUAAAAUAAUCCCAUUACCAGCCGUUACUCUUUGCCAUGGAAAUAUUGCCGCAAUACAGAAAGUGCUUUCUUAUUUGACAUCGCGAGAACGAAUAUAUAUUCCACGAGGUUUAACGCGAAAAGAUUUUGAACAUACCGUAAGAUACUUACGCGAAGCAAUUUAUCCAAAGAAUCACUAUCCAGAAGAAUUAGAUAAAUUACAACAAAUCCUUACGGCAAAUCGAUUAUCGUUGCCUGAAUUAUUCGAGAACAUUAGCCCAAACUGCACAGAUUUUGUGAUAAUGUGUCGAUUGAAUGAAAAAAUUAUACCAUGCGAUAAGAUGUUAAACCGUGUAACCACACGUUACGGAUUAUGUUGCGCCUUUAAUUAUGAAGAUCCAUACGAAAAUUUAAGAAGGUCGAAGGAAGAAUCUAUAUCCAACUAUAGCGUUAAUUUUGGAUCACGUUAUAUUGUGUCUUUUCUUAUGAAACCUUUAUCUUCGCAUGAUCGUAUGUCGUCUACGAUAUACGGAGACGGAAUAAAAGUAUUAAUACACGAAAAAUAUACGUACCCAGGACCCACCGCUUUUGAAUUUAUCGCUGGUUCUGGUCAAGAAACGAUAGCUAAACUAUAUCCUACUGCUUUGAUCAGCAGCUCUGAAAUUUUAAGUUUACCGACCACUGUUAGAGGAUGCUACAUGACUUGGCCAUCCCAGAAAAAAUAUCGCUAUCGCGCAGAUAAUUGUUAUGUUCGUUGCCGUGAAACUAUAAUACGCAAACUUUGCGGUUGCAUACCCUUUUCGGCAUCGCUCAUGAAAACUGACGUAGGAAUUUGUAAUUUAACUCAUAUUUCUUGUCUCGCACAUAUCACGUUACAAACAUAUACCUUGACGUUGCAAGAUCCAGAAUGUGACUGCCUUCCUGAUUGCGAAAGUACAUCGUACAAAGUCGCAGUUACUACAUUACCUAUGUCUGCUAUUCAAUAUUCUCCGGGAAAAUUUUAUGAAGCUGCUGCACGAAUUUCAAAUGCAACUCUACUUCAUAUUACGUUUGCCAGACAUUCGGCGAUAUUGCAACGGAGAGAAUUAGUACUUUCAUGGAUUAAUCUUAUCUCUUCCCUAGGUGGUGUUUUUAGUUUAUUUUUAGGAUGUAGUUUCAUUUCGCUCGUCGAAAUAUUGUAUUUCUUUUGUGUCCACUUUUUGUAUAAAUUAAAAAUAAGUAAGAGUUCAAGCUCAGAUUGCGAAUAAACAUUAUAACUGAUCUUAUAA